AAAGCAGCAGGUGGAUUCAUUGUUACUACUAGUGACGGAAGGAAACGUAGUUCUUGCAUGAUCUAUUUUCGCUGUAUGAUCGAUGAGGAGAUAGUAGAUUGGGAUUGUGAUAGGCAGCACAACUAUAGUCAGCAAUGACCAAACGCAAACCCAGUAGACUGCGUUCUUCUUCUUUCAUCAAUCGGAUUCUGAAGGAGCUAAACGCGAAGAACAAAUGAAACAGCUAGUGCAGCUUUCUUUAUCACUACAUUAUCGAAACUGACAGACGUUCAACAGCGGUGGCGUCCCGUGCUCGUCGCUCCAAGGCACGUGUACCGCCGCCGGGGAUACCUUCAGUUCGGCGGGCACACACGCAGAGGCAAGCGGCAGCACCGAGUGCGUCUGCGAAAAUGUCCACGAGUAUUUUGUCUCCAAGCCGGAGGAAACGUACGUGGACCUCCAGUUUCGCUUUGAGGCAUCCAUGGACGACGCGGGAAAGCUGAAGGAGCGUGGCAGCAGCAAUACGCAGGUGUACAAACCCUACACCAUCGACAUGAACGAAACCCCUUAUGACAUUAAGGAGCUGGAUCACGAGGUCAUCACAUCGCUCCGCAGAAAGGGACAGAAGGACGCCACUGUCGGGGGUACCACUUCUACAUGGGGGUCGUCAACCUGGUCUUUUAGGGCGGCUUUUUUUUGUUUUUCAUAUAUGUUUGUCCUAAGAAAAGAGGCAACAAGCGACAGCCUGAGGACACUGAAAAAAAGGCAACAAGAAAGUUAAGAAGCCCGUCGUGAAUAGAUAUCGCCAAGUACAUCUACUGCAACGGCAACGCGCUCUUUUACAACUGAGCAGCCCCGCUGCGUAACUUUUUUUUACAACUGAUCAGGACAUACUUUUCGCAGUGGAGCGGGACAAGCAGUGUCGAUCCCGGUGAGCUCCUUCCUCGAGGCAGCGGGCGUCGGAAAUUUGGACUUGCCCAGCAUGUAUAGCAACCACAAGUACAUCGCCGACACUACGCUGCAAAGCAGUGCUGCGGUAUAAUAUACCGAUUCUAGACGUGCGUACCCAUCAUGGGAAAUGAAAAAGAUCUAUAGUUGUAUUCUACUGUAUCGACAAGAAUGAAUUUUCGUAAAAACAUUGAUUCUUCUUCUUGCAUGUCGUGUAGUACGCGUGUGCAGUAGAUUGAUACAUUCGCGAUUAAUAUCCUCAGAUGCAGCUGCAUGGAAAAUAUUAGAUAAUGAUAAACACAGUUACGCGCCACGGGCAUCAACCUCGCGAUUUCCAUAUCUUGUGCGCGCAAGGACGUAUCGGUUUUUGAGACACAGGACAUGAACAUUUAUUGUGAUAUGUUUGCCGACUCCGAGCCGACGUGGACUACCAGGGAAGACGGCGUCCACGACGAGUUUGUGUCCCGCACGGGGAGCGGGAUCCUCAAGACCAAGAAGCAGCACGGUGUCAAGCUCAACUUCCGCUUUACCGGGCGGCUGGGCUACUUUUCUACUUCCAUCUUCCUCGGUAGUUUGACCAGUGCGAUCGUGCUUUUGGAACUCCCAGGAAAGGCGGUUAUGCUCCUGGCGCUCUUCUGCCUCGGGCUGUUGUCGCGAGUAUACUACUCCUGCCAGUCACAGCGGUUGAACCUGCGACACCAAGUGCACGGCUUUGCCGCUAGGCUGAUCAACGCAAAAAAGGUAUAUAGCCAGUUUGUUCAAUGCGCGAGGUUGUGUAGGUCGGUUGUUAUUUUUUGAAAACUAUUCUUUCAUUGAUUACCUCCCAUCUGAACACAAACAAGACUGGAGUAGAUAAUAUGAUUAUAAUGUUUAAAAAAAACACAAGAACUAUCACUGUAAUGUACUACAACAUAAUUAAAUCAGUCCUACGAGGCUAUCGUGAAGAGCGACAAGAUGGACACGCACUUGGACCGUGCCACUCUCGCAAAAGAGAUGACGGAGUCGUUCCACCAUCUCUGCGAGGAAAAGGACGAGCAUGGGGAACCGAUCGCGGACCCCAACAAGCCCCUGCAGAAGGAGGAACUGGAAAAAAUGACGGAUAUCACACAGAAAAAAGGUGGUGAUGUGCUGUCGUACUUUCUGCAUCAAAGUGCGCAAAAUUAGCGACACAAUGAAGCUGUGUUUGUAGUCUCGUCUUGCAUAUUAAAUCGCAACAAAAAACAUUUUAUUUUUCUUCCCGGCAGUUUUUAGGCACGAGUACGACUUGAACUUGUUUUUGCAUGGCACACUGCCAACAUCAUCAUCAUCAUCAUCAAAAGUGCUGACAGUGGGUCGUCUACUCGUUUUUCUGUGUGACAACGAAACUGGUCUAUCAGGGCCUCGACGCAGACCACGAGGGCUCCAUAUCGCUGGACGAGUACGUGGAUGCCUCGACUUCGAACGAGGUGCUGCGCGUCGACCAGAUCGUGCAAUUUUUCGACGACCAGCGGCAGCGCAGCUGCCUGGAAAAGCUCUUCGACGACGCUAAGUGGGAUAUCGAAACGGAUGAGGAAUUGCGCAAGCGGAGAAAAAAAGAUCUGCCAAACGAGACCCCGCGCCCGGCGCACGCGGCAGACAUUUUCAUGAACCUGUAAAAGUAAAUUAAGAAGUUGUACCGGACGACACGACACUGGCAAAGAGUCCAAAGUGCUAGCAUAGAUAAUAAACUUUUUCCAAAACAUAACGAAAAUCCUAUCCUUGAAGAAAAAAAUAACCCAAAAAUAAACGACCCCGAAAAUGAAAAAUUAAGCCAUGGACAAUUAGAAUUACUAGUAAUUCUAUAUGUCGACCACUGCUAAGAAGUUUGAUUGGAUGAAAUCGAUGGGCAUGGGCUGUAAAAAGUACCGAUGUAGAUACAAUUCGCGCCACAAAAAUGUACAAAUUCAAUUUCAAUUUUAUCUUUUGUGCUAUAUGAAUAUGGUUCGAUCUGUCUCAGGGAGAAAAGUAGAAAGAGGUGGGGGUUAAAUGAGAAUAAAAAACGUAGGAAGUGAGAUGCUCCAUACCAAUUUUCCUCCAUAAUCGAGACCGAGAAGACAGGGGAGUGGAAGAAAAGGUCUGGUAGUGGUGCAGGAUGGAGCUGCUGUGUGGCUGGAGCAUCUUGGCGAUGUAGAAUUUACUUCAUCAGCAGCACCUUCGUGUGUUUCGCUUUCGAAUGCAUAGGACAUAAUUGAAAUGCCUCCCACCUACCAUAGCGUUCCAAAAUCUG